GAAUCGUCUGGCUGGACAGCGGGCAUCGGGUCACCAGGCACGACAGUGGGCACCGGGUCAUCAGGUACCGGAUUGUCUGGCUCGACAGCGGGCAUCGGGUCAUCAGGCAUCAGGUCAUUUGGCUUGCCAGCGGGCACCGCGUCAUCUGGCAAGGCAGUGGGCACCGAGUCACCAGGUACGACAGCGGGCUCUGAGUCAAUUGGCACGACAGCGGGCACCGGAUCAGGUACCGGAUCAUCUGGAUCAACAGCGGGCAUCGAGUCAACUGGCCUAAUAGGAUCGUCAGGCUGGAUCAGUUCAUCAUGCUGGGCUGAAGAGAGGCAUCAGGCGGCAGGC